AUGGAGAAGAGCAAAUCACUUGGUGGCUACCCAUGUUCGUACUCAGAAGUCCGGUUGGGGUUUGAGGACCGGGCCAAGUCAUACAGCUUCAACGGUCCUGACGACAAUCCAGAGGUGAAGAGGAGGAAGAGAGUGGCUUCUUACAACAUGUACACCAUGGAAGGUAAGCUCAAAUCAUCCUUAAGGAACAGCUUCAAGUGGAUCAAGAGCAAAUUUGUAAAUGACUAUUACGAUUCAUGA